AUGAUUUCCCUCUAUAUCCUUACUACUAUUCUUAUUUCAAGCAUUACAGCUUGAAAAAUAGAGACAAUUCCUGAAUGAGGGAAUCCUCCCAAUCCGAGGAAGCUUUCCUCAAUGAUUUAUGAUUCGAACUCAAAUAGAAUUAUUUUAUUUUCAGGGAUUUCUGAUGAAGGGGUCUACUAUGAUGAUAUUUGAAGCUUUAAUCUGGAUUCAUCUACAUGAAAAGAGCUCUAUCCAUCUAAUACAAAUACUCCAGGUCCAAGAAUUGGGGCGGCUAUAUUUUUUAAUGAAGCCAGCAAUCAAGUAAUUAUUGCAGGUGGAAAAACACUUUCAGGAGCGUCUUCUGAUGUGUGAAGCUUUGAUUUAACCACUUUAGCUGUAUUUUUUAAAUAGUGAAGCCAACUCACACUUCAAACUGAUAAAUUGCAAGCCAGUUUUUCACCUGCUUUUACCCGUUUCAAGUCCAAUAAUGAAAACUAUUACGCUAUAUAUGGAUCAUAUGUCAACAACAAUUUUUAUAGCACUUUGUACCUGUAAAAUCUAUUUAGAAUAGAAGAAAAAAGCUUGAAUUGCUAUUUAAUGCCAAAUUAUGGGGAUGCUCCAUAUUCAUAUAAUGGACCAGGAAUGGACUUUUAUAAUGGAGCUUUAUAUGUCUGGGGUGGAUAUUCCUGAUUUUCAAAUUAUGACCAAGCUUUAUAUGUAUAUAAUCUUACUACUUAUACAUGAAGCAAGUUAGCAUUCGAUCAAAUGCCUAAUGGGAGAUCAUGACAUCAUGUAGCUAUUUAUAAAAAUUAUUUAUAUGCUUUUCCUGGGACUAAUUUUUUCCAUCAAAAAUCUGACGAUAUAUGAAUGAUUGAUUUAAACGAACUUAAAAAAUGAGAAAAUGUAUCUUUUACAGUCGAUUAUAAUAUAAGCUUAAGAACGCAGUCUUCCAAUAUUUUUAUAAACUCAUCACUAUUUCAAUUUAGUGGCUCUUCCUUCACAAAUGAUCUCAUAUCAAUCGAUAUUUCAGCAGAAAAUCCCACAUUUACGAUAAAAACAGAGCACUGAAUUUAUCCUCCUUGCAGAUCUAAAUCAGCUGUCCACAUCAUUAAUUCAUAUCUCGCUGUAUUUGGAGGAGAAGGAAACAAUGGUGAAUUGUAAAUUUAAAUUAGGCUAAAUGAUUUAUGAUUAUUUGACAUAGAAAAAGGAAAAUGAUCCUUGAAAAAUACCUAUGACACCCCAACCCCUAGAUCUAGCUUUGCGAGCAUUUCUAUUGGUCAUGGCUUCAUGAUGUUUGGAGGAGAAGACAGCACAGGCUUGCUAAGCGAUUUUUAUAUUUUUAGCCUUGUUUCAGAUUCGUGGGUUUUAAUUAAUAUUGAAGAUGAAGCUCAACCAGAUCCUACUAAAGGAGCUUGUAUAAAUAUAUUAGAUCCGGUUAUGAUGCUUUUUGGAGGAAUCAACAAAGUUGGCUUGACAAACGAUUUGUGAAUUUUCGAUUUGAUAUGAUUGAAAUGAUAUCAUAUGGAUUCUUCAAAUUAUAUCAUUCCUCCAAUUACUUGGCAUAGCUGCUUUAUGUCAACAGAGUAUGGAGAUUAUGUUUUAUAUGUACUAAUGGGAGAAUUCGAAGGAAAUACACAAAAUCCAUAUUUAUUUAGAUACUCUCUUUCUACAAAUUCUUGAAGUAUUGUAUAUGAUUUUUCUCCUUAUCUGCCACUCACUGCUAGCUUUUCUUCAAUUAUCGCUAUCCCUCAAGAACUUAUUAUAAUUGGUGGCAAAUAUCAAAAUAUAUAUUCACCUAGUUCAAUAACCUUUGUUAAUACAACCAAUCUUCAAUUGAAAUCAAUUGGAUCUUUGAAUCAUUCUUUCUAUGGAAGUGGUAUAGGAUAUUUUAAGCACAGUGCUUAUAUUUUUGGAGGAGGGGUUGCUUCAGACUUUUUAAUAGCAGACAAGUGAAAGUCUUCAGCUCUAUAUAAAAUCAGUUUUGAAAAGCAAGAUUCUGAGUAUCAUUGUAGCCCAGGCACAUUUAUUACAAAACCAGGAUGCAACCUUUGUCCUGCAGGCUCGUUUUCUGCAGAGUUUGACUCCGAAAAAUGUGAAAACUGCCCUGCAGGAACCUACUCAAAAUUUUCUGGGUCUUAUGCCAGCACUGCUUGCAUUCCUUGCAGUCUUGGAACUUUUUCAAAUAUAGAAGGCGCUUCUGUAUGCGCAAUUUGUAAAAAUGGAAUAAGUUGUCCAGUGGGCAGUAAAUCGCUUUAUAGCAAUGAUUAUGCAUUAAAUGACUCUUGAGUUCAGCCAUCUACCUUUGAAAGCGAUGCAUCUAUAGUUGACGAGUGAACAAUAAUUUUAGGAAUUAUGUUUGCAGUGUCAGUUAUAAUUACUUUGGCUUUGGCUUCGCUAUGAAGACAAUUCUUUAAUAUGCUUGAAAAAUUUGAUCUAUAUAGUGCUGAUCAUAAUGAAAAUAACCAGCCCAUGUGGAUGAAAAAGACCAAAAUUGGAGGCUUGUUUUCGUUAUUUGCUGUGUUAGGAGCUGGAUUUUUAAUUAUUAUAUCAAUUCUUACGCAGAUUUUUGAUAAUAUUUCAGAAUCACAAAGUUUAAUACCAUAUAAUAAUUUACAAGAGCAAGCUGGGCAUAUUAAAAGUGAUUUAUGGAUAGAAGUAGUAUUUUAUUAUUAUGGAGGGAAUUGUGGCUAUAAUGCCUCGUGUACCGAAUAUAUAACAUUUGUUCCAGCAAAUAUUAAAGGAACAUUUUCUUCAAUUGCAUGCCAACUAAUCGGCAGCCAUUGCCAUAUUUCUGUAUUUUGUUCACAAUGCACUCUAUUAUCAGGUGCUUAUGCUUAUUAUAACCUUGGGGAAGCAAAUUCUUUUGCAAGUUUUAUAUCAGCUAAUGUGACUACAAAUUCUUCAAUUCCAGACGAAAUCAGUUCUUAUAAAAUAUAAUAUGAAAUAUCAAUUAAAGAUUUAUCUAAAAUAAAAUAAAAUUUUUAAAUAUAAGAAAAAUGAUAUAUAUGUAUCUCCAUCAGUAUCAGGAGAAGUUUUUAUUGGUCUGACCUCCACAAUUAUCAAUUUUUCAAUGACUUCAAGCGUAAUGGCUAUGUAGCUAUUUAUUUCUGAAUCCAGCCGAUGGAAAAACAAUCAAACAGGGUAUUAUAUUUCUAAAAGAGAAAAUGCAAGUCCUGGAUCUAGCGUAGGAGUUGAUAAGCUGACUGUUUGAAGGACAUUAAGGCUUCUUAUAUUAUUGAAAUUAGAAAAUACUGGACUUUUGACAGUGAGAUCUUUAAAAAGCACAUUUCUACUUUUUGUGAGUGCUUUAUUAGGAUCAGUAACUGGAAUUAUUGGUCUUGCUGGAGCUAUAAUGGGGCAUUUCGAAGGAAAAGCAGAUGAAAUUUCUAAUAAAAUAAAGGCAAAGGAAAAUUUUUUGAAUAUUGAAAAUGCAAAAGAAACAUUGGAGUGCAAUUUUAAUAUAUUAGAAUGCCAAACUCUUAAAGCAAGACAUAAUACAGAAAUCGAUACACAUAGUCUUAUGCUAGAUAGCAUUGGACGAAAUAUUAAACUAGAUGUCACAGGACCCCCUUAA